CAUCAUGGAGGCCGAGGCAGUCGCACGUCCGACGCGAUACUUCGCUUUUCAUUUCUAUCUCCUAAGAUUCCUCGGCCUGGGAUGGUGGCAUCAGCCUGACGAAAAUGAUACUAGAAACUUUCCCAGCUGGUACUUGUACUACUCCAUCGUCACCCAACUAGUGUGGGUUGCUGGCUUUGUUGGACUCGAAACCAUCGACCCUUUCGUCGGUAAAAAAGACAUAGACCGCUUCAUGUUCAGCUUAUCUUUCGUCAUCACUCAUGACUUAACUUUGAUUAAACUUUACAUAUUUUUCUUCAAAAAUGACAAAAUUCAAGAAAUUGUAAGAAUAUUAGAAAUCGACUUGUACGGUUAUUACCAAAAUAACGCCAAAAACCGUACCACGAUCAGGACAACGAGAAUAAUGACUAGCUCUUUUAUAUUUUUCGGUUGGCUUACCAUCGGAAACACAAAUGUUUACGGAACCAUCAUGGAUUUGCGCUGGAAAGCUGAAAUCGCAAAAAUAAAUGACACGGCAUUAUAUCCGUCUCGAACACUGCCGCAACCUAUUUUCAUCCCUUGGGACUACCAGAGAGACUUUUCGUAUAUUUCUACCUUUGUUUUGGAGACUGUUGGCUUGCUGUGGACGGGUCAUAUAGUGAUGACCAUAGACACAUUUAUUGGUUCGCUUAUUCUUCACAUGAGUUCACAAUUUGCUAUUCUACGAGAGGCUUUAGUUACUGCGUACGACCGGACAAUAUUACAGAUGUACGAAAACGUGCGGUUUAAUGCUGACGGCUCUUCAUUAAUUACAAUUGAUAGACGUAUGGAUAUAGAUGACGUCGAUAAAAUCGUUCGGACGAGAUUUCAAGACAUAGAAGUGGAAAAACAAAUAGAAAAAACGUUGCUCAGCUGUAUUCAUCAACAUCAGCUUCUAAUAAGCUGCGUGGAGAACUUCGCAAGAACUUACUCUUAUGGGUUCAUGACGCAACUUCUCUCCAGCAUGGCUGCCAUUUGCGUCGUAAUGGUUCAAGUUUCGCAAGACGCGUCUAGCUUCAAGUCCAUACGUCUGGUAACGUCACUAGCCUUCUUUAUCGCCAUGAUCAUACAGCUCGCGCUCCAGUGCUUCACUGCCAAUGAACUUACGUUGCAAGCGGCCCGUGUGGGCGAUGCCGUGAUGCAGAGCCGAUGGGAGAGGAUGUCGCCUCGGCUCCGUCGACUGCUGAUGAUGGUGAUGAUGAGAGCUCAGAGACCUCUCCGAUUGUCUGCUGCGGGCUUCGCUUAUAUGAGCAAUGACUGUUUCUUAGCGAUUAUGAAAGCAGCCUAUUCAUACUAUGCAGUUCUUAGCCAAAAACAGGCAUAGAAGUAAUGAAAGGCCGAAUGAUUUAUUAGAAACUUUAAUGCCAGAUUUAGAUUACCAUUGAUUCACGUGACUACAAUCUAUA